AAUGAAUAUAAAAAGAUUAUGACGUAAGAGUGAGUGUUUCAUGAAGGAUAUAAAAAAUAAAAUAGCUUACAUAAGUCUUUGUAACACAAAAGUGUCGACAGAGGGAUAGAUGCAAACAAACUAAGAGCCGAGGCAUAAAGCUGUACGCCGUAUGAAGCAUGUCGGGAAAUUUCACCAAGGCGGAUAAUAUCGUGAGAGAAGAUCUCGCAGUCCGUGAUGUGCACGAAGCAACCCUUGAAGUAACGAGAUUUGGCGGUUAUCCAGAAGACGACACCGAAGUUAAUGAACAACAUACAAACGCAAAUAGAUGUAAUGUCAAAAACGAAAUCGAAAACAGGAUAGAUGCUUCAAAUGAGAAAAAGGUUGAAAAUCAUGAGGAAAAAAGUGUCAAAACGGACCAGAGGACAAAUACUAAUGAUGUGAAAAUUACUAUUUUAGAUGAUACAGAGAAGGUGGCUAAGGGCGUUACACCUUAUCUGCAAAACAGUAAUUCCAAUGGUGAAGUUAAUGCAGUGUUUACACUUGACGAAACAAACGGACACCAUGUAGACAUAUCAGAGACUAUUUACAAGUCAGAGUAUGAAAAGAAUAUGAAGACAUCCUCAUGGAAACUAAAAACCUUCAAAGGAUGGACGCAAGAAGAUAUCAAAUGGCUACACAAAACCGAGACAAGAUUCAGAGAGAUAGCUGGAACCAAAGGAAAUAUAACAUUCGAACAAUUUACAAAAGCGCUUGGACUACAGAAGUCAACCUUCUAUGCUGAAAGAAUUUUCAAGAUUUUUAACCAGGAUGACAGUGGAAGAAUGGAACUUGGUGAACUGUUAGAUGGAAUACACAUGCUAGCGAAAGGAAGGCCUGAAGAAAAAUUGAAGUUUCUCUUUGACGUGUUUGAUGAGGAUGGAAAUGGACACAUUGACAGACGUGAGUUACAGGAAGUUUUACAGGCGUGUAUUGAAGAAAGUUCAAUGACACUUUCUGAUGAGAACCUUGAAGAUUUAACAGAAGCCAUGUUUGUUGCUAUCGACAAAGAUAACGACGGAACAAUUACUUUUGAUGAAUUAAAAGAAGAACUGCAAAAGCAACCAGAAGUUCUACAUAAUCUCACAAUUAGUGCGGCUCAUUUGCUGAAACCUAUAGAACAAGAGUCUGGCGAGUCUUUCUGUCGGUAUUUGACAAAGAAUUACUUGAUGAAUAAUUACCGUAAAGUGGGAUACAUCUUUAUUUACUGGGCUCUCAACAUUGCGUUAUUUGCUAUAGCGAUGUGGCAGUACAGAGAAUCAAACACAUGGAUAAUGGUAGCUAGAGGUGGAGGUCUUUGUUUGAAUUUCAACUGCAUGUGGGUGCUAGUACUUAUGUUACGGAACUGUUUGACGUACAUUCGAACGACAUUUCUGUCUCACGUUUUGCCUUUAGACCAGCAUAUAAUGUUCCACAAAAUGACAGCCAUUGCAAUAGUCAUCUUUGCAAUAUUACACACGUUAGCACAUAUAGCUAAUGCAGCUAUCGUUGCAAACGUGAAUGUAAUGGAGAUGUGGGAAGUGUUGUUUACAGUAAAGGCAGGUGUAGGCUUUGUUGGUGGAAGCGCUUUUAUUACUGGUUGGUUGUUGGAUGUUGUCCUCAUUGUCAUCGUUAUCUGUUCUUUACCAUUCAUCCGGCGCGGAGGCCAUUUUCAGGUAUUCUACUGGACACACCUCCUGUAUGUCCCAUUUUGGAUUCUUGUUAUUCUACAUGGUCCUCAGUUUUGGAAGUGGUUCGUCGGUCCUGGGACAAUAUUUCUCUUGGAAAAAAUAUCAAGGUCUAAGGCUUUUAGGUUAGCUAGACAUGGAGAGACGUACAUCAAAGAAGUAAAUCUUCUCCCGUCCAGGGUAACACAUCUGGUUAUUGACCGGCCAGGAAGUUUCCGGUAUAAACCAGGCGAUUAUCUGUUCCUGCAAAUACCCGCAAUAGCAACACAUGAAUGGCAUCCAUUCACGAUCAGUUCUGCACCAGAAAUGGAAGGACAUAUUUGGUUGCACGUACGCUCAGCCGGUCAUUGGACAAAUAAACUGUAUGACUAUUUUGAGAAUUUGGAGUAUUCUGACAAAGGUGAUAAAGACAGAACGGAUUAUUCCAAAGGAAAUACGUUUGAGCGAUUUGAAAAGGCAUACGUUGAGCGCGCAACCCGAAUCAACCUCUCUCAGCAACAUGGCAAAACUAUUUCGAAACGAGAGCAAAAUCAUAAAAAAGUUUCGGUGAAGUGCUUCCUGGAUGGCCCAUACGGAACUGGUACUCGGGAGGUGUUUGACACAGAUCAUGCGGUACUUGUUGGUGCUGGCAUUGGGAUAACGCCGAUGGCGUCCAUUUUACAGAGCGUAUGGUACAAGUUCAACGCAGCAAGACAGAAAUGUCCAAACUGCCAGUACGUCUGGUUGCCCGACACAACUGACAUAAAGCUGAAAAAGGUUGAUUUUAUAUGGGUGAACAGAGACCAGAAAUGUUUUGAGUGGUUCGUGUCGUUACUAACUCAGAUCGAACAUGAACAAAUUCAGCACGACAUCCUGGACAAUCGGAUACAAAUACACAUGUACAUGACAUCGGCGCAGAAGAAAACAGACCUGAAAGGGAUUGGUCUACAGGUAGCGCUUGACCUGAUGUAUGACAAAAGUGGGAGAGAUCUUAUUACGGGACUGAGGACGAAAACAGAACCUGGGAGACCCGAUUGGGAUAAGAUUUUCAAAGACAUUAAAGCAGAAAAUAACGGAAAAGUGAAAGUGUUUGUAUGCGGACCACCUACCCUUGCCAAAACGUUGAAAGAAGAAGCGACAAAACAUAAAUUUGCGUUUUCAAAGGAAAACUUUUGAAGAUGGGGACUUCAUCUGUCUCGGGUUCAUCAAUAUACGUCAUUUAACAAAAUCGGACACAAUUGCAAAUAAACAUGUUGGUGUUUAUAUCAUUUGUAAAGUUUAUGCAUAUUUGUAAUAUAGAAAAGCUUGUUUUGAGAGAGGAUAUUCAAAAGAUUGUUCCAUUAACGCUUAGCCUUGCGUUUUGAGAAAAAAUCAAACAACACCAAAUCAUAAAAAGAAAGAGUUGCUUCACAUGAAAAUUGAUCAGCUUGCAAAACAUGUAUAUUUCUAUACAAAACAAGUGUCAGUAUACUGAUAUAAACAUUGAAUUCCGUAAAAAGGACUGCCUUAAGGGACCCCACGUCCGGACAGUUAAACAUCUUUUAAAAACUUACCAUUUUUAAAGAACAGUUACAUAUGUUCGUUUUGAUGCAUUUGCAAUAGCAUACGAGUGUUGAAAUUUCACAUAACUACAUGGAACACAGUUUUCACCAAUUGUUUAUUUUUAUUUCCUUACAGAUAGCAUUCAUUUUCAAAGGGGGAGGGGGGCAGCUUUUUCAGAAUAUUUUAAGUAUCCUCGAACGGGACAGUAAUGGUCAUGAAAACUAUUGGUAAAGACGUUGUUCGUUCAUCAAAUAUUUCUGUGUUUUGAUGAUAUACUCCUAAACCUUAAAGAAAUUCACGAAAUAUUGUAAAAAUGCUUUUCUACAUUUCGAAAACUUCUCCAGCUGUUAUAAAUUAUGGGAUAAAUGUUAAUAUUCCAAAUGGAAAUAAAAUGUCAGACCUGUUAAAAGAUGAAUAUGUCUCAAGUAAAUUAUUCACAGUUAAAUUUACUACAAAUGAAUUAAAAUCAAAUUAUGUCAUACAAAUUUAGAUACAAAUUUUAUUUAAAGGCGGUGUUAAUAUACAGAGGAUAUCAUGUACAUGUUUAUUCAGCCGUCAACAUUUCUUUUUAAGCGGCUGUUGUUGGUUAUAUCCAAGUCAGUAAAUGUUUCUUCUUGAUUACACACAGGGGUCUUCCACUCUAGUCGUAUAAUCGCAUGGUACUUUUGUUAGCUAUAAAUUUAAUGCUGUUCUCGUAUAAAAGCAUGGUACUUUUUGUUAGCUAUAAAUUUAAUGCUGCUCUCGUAUAAUGACAUGGUACUUUUUGUUAGCUAUCAAUGUUAUUCUAGUAUAAUGACAUGGUACUUUUUGUUAGCUAUAAAUUUAAUGCUGCUCUCGUAUAAUGACAUGGUACUUUUUGUUAGCUAUAAAUUUAAUGCUGCUCUCGUAUAAUGACAUGGUACUUUUUGUUAGCUAUCAAUGUUAUUCUCGUAUAAUGAUAUGGUACUUCUUGUUAGCUAUAAAUUUAAUGCUGCUCUCGUAUAAUGGCAUGGUACUUUUUGUUAGCUAUAAAUUUAAUGCUGCUCUCGUAUAAUGGCAUGGUACUUUUUGUUAGCUAUAAAUUUAAUGCUGCUCUCGUAUAAUGACAUGGUACUUUUUGUUAGCUAUCAAUGCUGUUCUCGUAUAAUCGCAUGGUACUUUUGUUAGCUAUAAAUUUAAUGCUGUUCUCGUAUAAAAGCAUGGUACUUUUUGUUAGCUAUAGAUUUAAUGCUAUUCUCGUAUAAUGACAUGGUACUUUUUGUUAGCUAUAAAUUUAAUGCUGCUCUCGUAUAAUGACAUGGUACUUUUUGUUAGCUAUAAAUUUAAUGCUGCUCUCGUAUAAUGACAUGGUACUUUUUGUUAGCUAUCAAUGCUGUUCUCGUAUAAUCGCAUGGUACUUUUGUUAGCUAUAAAUUUAAUGCUGUUCUCGUAUAAAAGCAUGGUACUUUUUGUUAGCUAUAGAUUUAAUGCUAUUCUCGUAUAAUGGCAUAGUACUUUUUGUUAGCCAUAAAUUUAAUGCUGCUCUCGUAUAAUGACAUGGUACUUUAUGUUAGCUAACAGUCUUAUUCUAGUAUAAUGGCAUUGUACUUUUUGUUAGCUAUCAAUGUUAUUCUAGUAUAAUGGCAUUUUUGUUAGCUAUCAAUGUUAUUCUAGUAUAAUGUCAUGGUACUUUUUGGUAGCUAUCAAUUUAAUGCUGCUCUCAUAUUAUGACAUGGUACGUUUCAUUAACUAUUAAUGCUGGCCAUGCUUUUAAGAAAUUGUAUUCAUUAUAAUUUUCAAAGGUCUGUAGUAUCAUUUUUGUUACACGGUGUAUUUAGAAAGGAUAUAAACCUUUACAUUUUUGGAAAGGCCUUUUGAAUGUCUAAACAAGCAAAACUGAUCAUAGUCCUUACGACUAAAAGAAGACUUAUAGCGACUAACCCACACAUUGUGAAUUGCAGUUUUUAAAAUAAAUUAUCACCGAAAUGCAAAA